GCUUGAUGUGGAAAGUCAUUUUGCACAGAAGGAGUCUUAUUUGGAAUACCUCACACAGCACAUGAGUCUACAAAAUUCCAUCUGGAGAGAAUUUCGACUACAACUGUAGAUAUAGUUUCUUCCUUUGCCAUUGAAUCCAGCUGGCCACUGAAACCAAAAGUUUGCAGGUUCCCCUUAGGGUGAUGUUGUAAGGCAGCGUGACUCUGGAAUCGAGAUGGGAUUUCUGACUGUGUUGCCCAGGAGGAGGGCACUGCUCCUCUGUCUGCUUAUCCAGCUUCUCCAGGUGGCCUCCUGGAGCUCAGCUUGGACUCCGGGGGCGGCGCGCCUGCGCCUCUCAUACCGAGAUCUGCAGACAUCCAACAGUUCCACUGUCUUCAUAGGUUCCAUAAACAGCUCCAGCUACCAGGCUCUCCUAUUGGAUGAGGACCGGGGGUGGCUUUUGGCUGGAGCUAAAAACUACAUCUUCCUAUUCCGUUCAGACAACCUGAAUGAAAGUCCAGACAAGAUUUAUUGGCCAGCUGCAAACGAUCAUGUUGAACACUGCAAACUGGCAGGGAAGAAUGCUGAGACAGAAUGUGCCAAUUUCAUUCGGCUCCUCCAGCACUUUAACAAGACCCAUGUGUACGCAUGUGGAACAGGGGCCUUUCACCCAGUCUGUGCCUACAUUGACCUAGGCCACAGCUCAGAGGAGCCUACUUUUCUCCUCAUCCCUCAUUUAGUGGAGUCAGGCCGGGGGAAAUGUCCAUACAGUCCCCUGGAGCCAUUCACUGCAGCGCUCACUGAUGAAAAGCUCUAUGCUGGAACAUCAGUGGACUUCAUGGGCACAAAUGCAGCCCUGUUCCGGACCGCCAUCCAGGGAAGCAGCCAACACUACAUCCGGACCGAAGCCAAUCAAGACCACUGGCUCAAUGACCCCAAGUUCAUUGGUUCCUACUGUAUCCCUGACACCCACAGCCCUGAUGAUGAUAAGGUGUACUUCUUCUUCAAGGAGAAAGCUGUGGAGUCCAACCAGUGGGACAAGCGUAUCUACACCAGGGUGGCCCGAGUCUGCAAGAAUGAUGUUGGUGGAAAGCGGAGCCUGAUUAACAGAUGGACCACAUUUCUGAAAGCCCGGCUGGUGUGCUCAGUCCCAGGGCCUGAAGACAGACACACAUACUUUGAUGAACUUGAGGACAUCUUCCUGCUUGAGACAAGAGAUGAACAAAACCCCCUUGUGUUUGGUGUGUUCUCUGCCUCCAGUGCUGUAUUCAAAGGCUCAGCUGUCUGUGUUUACUCCAUGGCCUCCAUCCGCGCUGCCUUCAAUGGGCCUUUCGCACACAAGGAGGGGCUGGACUACCGCUGGGUAGAGUAUAAAGGAAGGAUCCCAUACCCAAGACCGGGCACCUGUCCAAGCAAGACCUACGACCCCUUGCACAAGUCAACGCAGGACUUUCCAGAUGACGUCAUCAGCUUCAUGCGAGGGCAUCAGCUCAUGUGGGAGGUGGUCCACCCUCUCAACAGGAAGCCACUGUUCGUGAGGUCUGGCACCCCCUACCUGCUCAAGAAGGUAGUGGUGGACAGAGUGGAGGCAGAAGAUGGACAGUAUAACAUCCUGUAUCUGGCAACUGAUGAUGGCAAAGUGCUGAAGGUGAUCUCCAUCCCCAAAGAGAGCUGGCAGUCAGAGGAGGUCGUGCUGGAGGAGCUCAGUGUUUUUCAGAAGCCGACCCCUAUCCUUAACAUGAAGCUUUCUACAAAACGGCAACAGCUGUAUGUGAGCAGCGUCUCCGGCGUGGCCCGGGUGUCCUUGCACCGCUGUGAUCUCUAUGGAAAAGCUUGUGCAGAUUGCUGCCUGUCCAGAGACCCCUACUGUGCCUGGGAUGGCAGCUCCUGCAGCAGGUACUUCUCAACCAACAAGAGACGUGCCCGGAGACAAGAUGUUAAGCACGGGGACCCCAGGAGCCAGUGUCAGGACAUUGGAGAUGGCUUUGAUGUUGUGGAAGAAAAGGUGAUAUAUGGGGUGGAGACCAACUCCACCUACCUGGAAUGUGUCCCCAGGUCUCAGCAAACCAGCAUCCGGUGGACUGUACAGCACCCCAGAGCAGACCACAGCCAAGAGUUAAAAAACGACGAUAGGUUUGUGUAUAUGGAGCAUGGCAUUCUUAUUCACCAGCUGGAGAAACGUGACGCUGGCAUUUACUCCUGCCUGGCUGAGGAGCUCUCCUUCUCCCACACCAUUGCCCGCUACAGCCUCCGCAUCAUUGAGCACGAGCAUAUCGGGGCUCCACCCAGCAGGGGUGGGGCUGAGAUAGUGGUGGGAGGGGUUAGACAAGGACCCAUCCCCUUUGAACAGAGUCAUCUGCAUUACAAGGACUACACGCAGCUGACCGUCUCUGGAAUGACUGCUGACGAGUACUGUGACCAAAUCUGGCACAGAGCGAAGCGCAGGCAGAAAAUGCACAAUUUAAAGUGGAAACAGGCACUGGAGAAUAGAAAGGGCAGAGUGCGCAGGCAUCCGAGGACUGAGUGAAAAGCCAGGGUUUUCGAAUUAAAUGCCCCCUUACACACAACUAGUUCAGAUGAUCAACUGCUUGCAAUCCCUGCAGUCCCACUGAAAAGUCCAAAUUCAAAAGCAACUUAUUUAUUAGAUCAGGCUUAUAUCCUUGCUUGAAAACCUGUAUUACCAUGAAGAGGACAGCACCUUGAAAUGCUUGCCUGUGAAAGGUGCUUAAUGAAUGUGUACUGUGCUAUACAAAAAGAACUUGCUAUAGCGUGAAAUAAGGAGGUUGUUAAUCAUGGCCCAAGCUUCUACGUUUAAUAGGAUAUCUGUCUAUAUUCCAAUAUAGGAAGAAUGUAUUUUUAAUGUCAUAUGCACCUCUAUGGAACGCAAUCCUCAACAUUUUCCUGUUUUUAUUAGGCAUACCUAAAUAUAGACAAAAGUAACACAAAAAAGACAGCAAGAAGUAGUAAUCUGUGUUAUUAAGUACUGAAACAUAUUAUGAUGGCUUUGUCACACAACUCAUUUUCUUUUCUUCAGAAUUGCAAAAAGGCUAUUUUCUUGUGACUGUAUAUGAAGUCUUACAUGCCUGGUCAACUGUCAAGCAGUUCUGAAAACAAACAAAAGACCAAAGCACUGGUAGAAGCUGGAAGUUUUUUUUUUUUUUUUUUUUUUUCUUUACCUAGUCAUGCGACUGCACUGCUUGUUCAAGAAUUCUACCAGCAGUUUCUGGAAUUUUCUUCACAGGUGCAACCUGAAGAUAUUACAUCAAGUGGACCCAGAAUUUGUAAUGCACGCAAACUGGAACAAGGAUGGUGGACUUAUUUUUUAUUAUUAUUAUUAUUAUUGUUUUUAUUACAGUGGGAAUAUACCACUCCAUGCUUUAUUUUUAUACAUUUUGUUUGUGAAAAUGCACAAUAAAAUCAAAAUCAAAAUUAUUAGCAUGCUUCAACAAAUGGUCUGAGCACUUAAAUAUUUAAUGUGUACCUACCAUAAACAAGAGAAUGGAAAGUGUGUCUGUCACUUAUUUCAGUUUGGACUGGGUAAAAUAUUAAUUUAAUCAAAUUAUCUGUGAGCGAAGUUUAAAUGAAUAUUGUUUGAAAAUGUAUGUAAAAAUAAAGCUAUGUAAAUUUAAACUAUUACCCUUAAGUUGUGCCCAGAGGUGCAUUACAAAGGGACAUUAUUAAUUUACUUGAAUCUUAAAUAUCUGAUCUGGUAUUAAAUUAGUCCUAAUCUUUCAAGACAAAUUUCUUACCUCUUCUCAGGAAAGAAAUAACAUUAUUUUUGGAUAAUCAAAUAACUAAAACAGUUGCAACUGCAUCCUGUCAGCAGCUGCAUCAGAUCGUGCUACCAAUCAAAAGCAAAUAUGCAGGAAGAAGCCAAUUAUUUUUUAAUCUUUAAUACCAGAAUUAUUAAAAUAACCAAGAUAGAAGUAUAAAACAAAGUGCAAAACCAGAAGCUAUUCAGCACAGUAAAAAGGGAACCAGUUAUAAUGUAUAAAACUACUAAAGCCCCUUUCACAGUGGCAUGCUAAACCUGGGUCAGAACCAACCAGGGUCAUGAUCCGGUGUCAGGCGGGUCGAUUACACGAUUUCACACUGCUUUUGAUAAAGCAGGGUUGACCUGGGUGACAGAUGCAAGUGCACAAUGCGCGUCCG